CAGUUUGGCCAACCAUGAGCUUGUCAUGUUAACCAGAAGCCCCUUCUUCAUUUCCCUCAUCCCCAAAUUUAACUCUUUCAAACAAAACCCUAAUCUCUACACCACUGACACCAGCGUAAAAGAAAAAAAAGCUUGAAACUUCAACUAAAAAGAUGAGAGAUUAAACAUUUCGUAGUAAUUUUUUCACAUUUUUGUUCGAUCUGAAGCAUACCCGCAAAGCAAAUCUCAUAAAUCUCCAAAAAUGGCGCACAUUUCUCGUUUAAAGUUGCAUAAUUUGAAACCUAGGGUUUAUUCAGGGUUUUACACUCUCUCGAGCAGAUCAUCCCUCAAUUCGAUCAAAAACUUCUGUUCAACAAGUUCCAUUGAUGACCCAUCUCAGGAAUCUCUCUCCUCAAAUGAUCAAACCCAAAAGUUACCCGAUAAAUCAGAGAAAUCUGAGCUGGGCAUUGUUCAAACCCAAAUAAUACCCGAAGAAAAACAGAAAUUUGAGGUGGGUAUUGUUGCCGAAGGUGAAAAUGUGCAGAAACAGAGGAGUAAAAGAGGUAAGCAUCGUAACCCAGAAAAAUUAGAGGAUUUAAUUUGUAGAAUGAUGGCAAGUAGAGAUUGGACAACUCGUUUACAGAACUCAAUUCGUAAUUUAGUGCCUCAAUUUGAUCAAAAUCUUGUAUUGAAUGUAAUUGAGAAUGCUAGGAGUUCGGAGCAUUCGCUUCAGUUCUUCCGGUGGGUCGAGCGGUCGGGUUUAUUUAAGCAUGAUAGGGAGACUCACAUGAAAAUUAUUGAGAGAUUGGGCCGAGCUUCGAAAGUUAAUCAUGCUAGGUGUAUUUUAAUGGAUAUGCCUAGUAAAAGUGUGGAAUGGGAUGAGGAUAUGUUUGUUGUUUUGAUUGAUAGUUAUGGUAGGAAUGGCAUUGUUCAGGAGUCAGUGAAGAUUUUUCAGCAGAUGAAGGAAAUGGGUGUUGAGAGGAGUGUCAAAUCGUAUGAUGCUUUGUUUAAGGCGAUAUUGCGACGUGGGAGGUAUAUGAUGGCGAAGAGGUAUUAUAAUAAGAUGUUGGGGGAAGGGAUUGCCCCGACGAAGCAUACUUUUAAUUUGUUGCUGUGGGGUUUUUUUCUUUGUCAGAAGGUGGAGACUGCUAAUAGAUUUUAUGAGGAUAUGAGUAGCAGAGGGAUUAUGCCUGAUGUGGUUACUUAUAACACGAUGAUUAAUGGGUUUUAUAGGUUGAAGAAGUUGGAAGAGGCUGAGAAGUUUUUUAUAGAGAUGAAAGGUAGGAAUAUAGCGCCGACUGUUAUUAGCUAUACGACUAUGAUUAAGGGGUAUGUAUCAAUGGGAAAGGUGGAUGAUGCACUUAGAAUGUUUGAGGAGAUGAAGGGUUUCGGUAUCAACCCUAAUGCUCUCACCUACACGACGCUUUUGCCUGGUCUCUGUGAUGCUAUGAAAAUGUCUGAUGUACAAAUGAUCUUGAAUGAGAUGGUGGAGAGACAUACCCCUCCAAAGGAUAACUCAGUCUUUAUUAAGUUGUUGAACUGCCAGUGCGAAUCAGGUAACUUGGAUGCAGCUGCUGAUGUGCUUAAAGCAAUGAUAAGGCUAAGCAUUCCAACAGAGGCUGGACACUAUGGAGUCUUAAUUGAGAACUUCUGUAAUGCCAAGGUAUACGAUCGAGCUGUGAAAUUGGUGGAUAAACUAAUUGAGAAAGAUAUAAUACUGAGGCCUCAAAGUACCCUGGAUAUGCAGCCUACUUCCUAUAACGGCAUCAUCGAAUAUCUUUGUAACAAUGGCCAGACAGAAAAAGCGGAAAUACUUUUCAGGCAGCUGAUGAAAAAGGGUGUUCAGGACCCAGUUGCUUUCAAUAAUUUGAUACGUGGGCAUUCGAGAGAACACAACCCUGAAGGCGCAUUUGAAAUGUUGAAUAUCAUGAUUCGGAGAGGGGUUUCAUCAGAAGCAGAUGCUUACAGAUUACUCAUCCAUAGUUUCUUGGAGAAAGGUGAACCAGCGGAUGCAAAAACAGUGCUUGAUAGUAUGAUCGAGAAUGACCACUUGCCCGACUCAGCUUUGUUCAGGACAGUUAUGGAAGGUCUCUUCAAAGAUGAAAGGGUGCAAACUGCGAGUCGUGUGAUGAAGACUAUGCUGGAGAAGGGAGUGACGGAAAAUAUGGACCUAGCUACUAAGAUUCUUGAGGCUCUAUUCAUGAGAGGUCAUGUUGAGGAAGCCCUUGGAAGAAUUGAGCUACUUAUGCAGAGUGGAUGUGCACCUGAAAUUGACAAGCUUUUAUCAGUUCUUAGUCAGAAAGGGAAGACAAUUGCUGCCCUUAAACUUCUAGAUUUUGCUCUAGAGAGAGAUUUUACAUUGGACUUUUCCAGUUAUGAUCAGGUGUUAGAUGCCCUUUUAUCUGCCGGGAAGACCCUGAAUGCUUACUCAAUCUUGUGCAAAAUUUCAAUGAAAGGAGGGGGUUUGACUGAUCAGAAGAGCUUUAAGAGCCUAAUUAAGACCCUGAAUGAAGAAGGAAACACGAAACAAGCUGAUGUUUUGUCAAGAAUGAUGACGGGUGAUAAAAGUCUCAGUUCGAAGAAAGGGAAGAAACAAGAGAUCCUAGCUUAGAACUGACCCUUUUUUAGUUCUGCAUUUGUUUUGUAGAUUGAAGCUGGACUUUGAUAUCCCCUUCCAAAUUUUUCAGGGAGUAAUAAUUCCAGUGAGAUGAUGUGUACCUUAUACUCGCUUUUAUCAAUUUUUUGUUUUGA